AUUUGAUCACUAAAAAGUAAAAACAUACAACAAAAGAAAAAUUGGUAAUAACAUUAGAGAGAGUAAGGAAAAAACACAAUCGUUGCAUCCAUCUAACCAGAUUGAAACCCAAAAGUUUAGGAAAUUUGGUUUUGUACCGGUUUGGGAAAGAACGGUUACCGCCCAGUUUAUCAGGUUGCCAUGACGAUAUCUGACGCUGUCGAUGUGCUUAGUUGGGGCGACUAACUUUCUAGGAGACUUGUGGUAGAUUGAUUUGAAGACGGAAAUCGGUCUUUUUCGUCGAAAUUUCUAAAUUAUCGGUUGCGGCCACGAAACGGUAGGUCUUGAGCCCGCCGAAUCUAAUGUCCGGUCACUCAGCCAGCAUCUAUGAACAAGCAGCGAUCUUCUUAUAUUUAUCGGCAUGUUUUUCUGAUUUUCUUAUUUUGUAAUUGGAUCUGAUUUUGAUGUUGGUUACGGCCAAACUCCUUAAAUUGAAUUUUAAUAAAAAUUAUGAAAAAGAGACACAUUAGAGUAAAUUGAACCGAACCGAUUUGAACCGAAGCGGACUUAACCAAGAAGAAGCAGGCGCGUCACUUGUUUUCACUCCCAAUAUCGAAUUGAAGAAGAUAAGAGUAGACUAGAGUCUUCUUGGUUGUGAUAUUCUUUUCCAAUUUCGUAAUUUUAGAAAAGCUGUAGAAGAUGGCGAGUGUGUCGUGGCGGGCUGUGGCUGUAGCUAUGGUGGUGGUGUUGCUGUCAUUGCAGUGGUUUGCAAAAGGGUACCCGGAAGAAGAUUUGGUGGUGAGGCUGCCAGGUCAACCAACUGUUGGGUUCAAACAAUACGCAGGUUAUGUCGAUGUCGAUGUGAAAGCUGGUCGGAGUCUGUUCUAUUACUAUGUGGAGGCUGUGAAACAACCUGACUCAAAGCCAUUGACCCUUUGGCUCAAUGGAGGUCCAGGUUGUUCUUCAAUUGGUGGAGGAGCUUUCACUGAGUUGGGUCCAUUUUACCCCACUGGCGAUGGCCGUGGCCUUCGUGUUAACUCCAUGUCUUGGAACAAAGCGUCGCACCUGCUUUUUGUGGAGUCACCUGCUGGAGUAGGAUGGUCUUACUCUAAUAAAAGCUCUGAUUACAACACCGGGGAUAAGUCUACUGCAAACGAUAUGCUUGUGUUCUUGUUGAGAUGGUUUGAGAAGUUCCCAAAGUUGAAGUCUCGGGAUCUCUUUCUUACUGGCGAAAGCUAUGCAGGACAUUACAUACCUCAACUGGCUGAUGCGAUUCUCAGCUACAAUUCACACUCAAGUGGAUUCAAAUUCAACAUCAAAGGCGUUGCUAUUGGGAAUCCACUUCUGAAGCUUGACAGAGACAGUCCAGCUACCUACGAGUUCUUCUGGUCGCAUGGCAUGAUCUCUGAUGAACUAAAACUCACAAUCACGAGUCAAUGUGACUUUGAUGAUUACACAUUUGCUAGCCCCCAUAACGUAAGCACGGCCUGCAAUGAAGCUAUUAGUGAAACUGAAAACAUUAUCACUGAGUAUGUCAACAACUAUGAUGUUCUCCUCGAUGUAUGUUAUCCGUCUAUCGUCCAGCAAGAGCUGAGGCUCAAGAAAAUGGCUACUAAAAUGAGCAUGGGAGUGGAUGUGUGUAUGACCUAUGAAAGACGGUUCUACUUUAAUCUUCCAGAGGUACAAAAGGCGCUUCAUGCGAACCGUACUCAUCUGCCUUAUUCAUGGUCAAUGUGCAGCGGCGUGUUAAACUACUCUGAUAUCGAUGGGAACAUCGACAUGCUUCCGAUUCUGAAGAGAAUUAUACUGAACAAAACUCCUAUUUGGAUCUUCAGUGGAGAUCAAGAUUCUGUAGUUCCAUUCGGGGGUUCAAGAACUCUCGUAAGAGAACUUGCUCAAGAUCUCAACUUCAAGACAACAGUUCCCUAUGGAGCCUGGUUCCACAAAAGCCAGGUUGGAGGCUGGGCCAUAGAGUAUGGAAAACUACUGACGUUUGCAACGGUGAGAGGAGCGGCUCAUAUGGUACCGUAUGCACAGCCCUCACGAGCUCUACAUUUGUUCAGUAGCUUUGUAAGUGGCCGGAGAUUACCCAACAACACACAUUCUUCUACUGAUGAAUGAAAGAGCAGAGGUAUAUCUUUUGUAAGAAAAAUGUAGUUUUUGUAUUUAAUUGAUCUGUCUCAGGCCUUAGAUUAGUAGAGAUAGAAACAUGUAAAAGUUUGUGUUGUGGUUUGGUUGGAUCUUCAAGUGUAGUUUGUUUUAGUUAUCUCAAACGUUGACAACAAUUCUCUUUAGUUAAUUAAUCUUAGUUAUUGAAUUAGUAUUAACAAUUAUUGUAUCACCAUAUUAUUUUUUUUACAAAUUUUGUCUAUAUGUUUUAGC